AUGCCUUCUUUCAGUUGGUUGAAAAUCAAGAACAGUGGACAAGAGGCCGAUUCAGCCUUGAUUGAAAGCCUCGAAGAAACACCAGUGAGUCAAUGGUCUUCCAAACAAUUGACUCAAUUCUUGCGAGACAAUAAAAAGAAGAUUGAAUUGGAAAAGAAGGAUAUUAAAAAGUUACGAGCUGAGAGGUGGAAUGGUCUCUCCAUGUUGAGUGCCAAAGUCGAAGAUUUAGAAAAACUCGGACUUGCCAGUGGUUCCGCACGCGCACUUUAUACUCUCAUUCAUGAAUUGAUUGACACUCAAAUUCAAAAGAAUAUUCUGCCUUCAAAGAAUAGAAUUUCAGUGAAUGUGAAUUCUGCAUCAAGUGACAUUUCGACCAGUGACUCGAAUAUUGGAUCCUCUUCUUCUACCAAUAAUCUCACAAUUAUUUCAAAUAAUAACUCUUCGUCGAGUACAAGUGGAACGAAUGGUCAACCAAUGAAUGGAGGUGACAUUUCUGGAAAGCACAAUUCACUCGAAAUGUUUGGAUCUUCUCCCAACUCGAAUAUGAAACAACAUCAAUUGAAUUAUAUUCAAACAAUUAUUCAACAACAACAAGGAAAAUUAAUGGUUCCCAAUUUGAGAGAAGAAGAUAUUGAACAAACAGGAGGAGGUACUUUGAGUACGACUACUUCCAAUGGUUCUGGCACUCCAACCAAUAACAAAUCAUCUUUAAAUUUGGCAGCCAUUCCAGCUGAAGAUGACAUUCGAUUGGCACAUGAUUUAAAUAAUCCUGGAGAAAUUGCACCUCCUCUUGUGGAAGCAUCUUCUGGAAGAAAAUCAGCAGGUGGUGGUCUUCAAAUUCUCACCAUUGCAUCUGCUUCAACGAGUAAUGGAUCGGCUCCUGAAUCUGCUGUGAAAGAUUGUCCUGCAUGGAAAGUCGAUCAACUCACUGCUCAACAAAAACAAGCAUUUGAAAAUGCAAUUGAAAAGGUUCAAAAUUUGAAAUAUCCAAUCAAACCAGAAUUAAUUGACGUUUUGGCACAAGAUUUAGUCAUUGUUGAUAGAUUUAAAUAUAAAUUCUUGAAUCCUGAUCGACUGAAACAACGAGGAGACGGAGGUAAACAUGGAACCUUUUUGAAAGUGAAAUUGGUCAUUACAGAAAUGGACACUGAAGUCUUUCACAGAAUUUGUAGACGUUUUGCAAACACAUUCUCAUCCACUGUGAGAAAUAGUAGAUGGGGUAUGUUUCACACCGCUCUGAUUAUUGGACCAUGGUAUUUGGAGUGGAAUGAUUCCAGCUUGUCAACUGUGCGAAAGAAGAGUAGUAGUAAGGCAGUCUUUGCUGUGGAUAUUGCUAAAAUUGAAGGCCAAAAAGAGGUUAAUGAAGCGAUUGACUCUGUCGCUCAACUUUGUACAGUAUGGAAUGGAUACAAAUUGUAUGAAAAUGACACUUGUAAUUGCCAACACUUUGUGAUUGACAUGCUGGAAUAUCUUGGAUUGGGUGAUAAUUUCGAAAAUAUUUUAGAACGAUUUCCACCUCUCGCAGAAUACAUUACCAAGUUAAAGAAGAAGGGCGUGUGCGACAUGGCCUACUAUGUCGAUGACAGAAUUGCAAAAGCUAUUAAGGAGUCUCCACAAACGAGUCGUGCUCUGAAAGAAUUGGUGAAAAACAAGAAGGUUAAAUUUAGCUCGCACAAACUGUUGGACGAGUUCGUGAGCUUUAUCAAACAAAAUUUCCCACUCUUCAUGACUAAUCGUGAACAAGAGUAUGAAUUGUUGAAGGCCUUCGAUCGUGCUUUUUGGUUGAGAAGCCAAUCUUCUCAGACAGAGGACGAUGAGUCCGUGCAACCACUAAUUGACAUUCACACCAAUGAAUGUAAAUGUCCAUUCAACAAGAACGGACAACCAAUCACUGAAGUGAACAAUUCAAUUGUUGGAAUUGAUUAUGAUGUUGGAAAUUACACGACGCCAUACCCCAAGUCUAGCCUCAAUGCUUGA